AUGGUUCACCUAAGUAAAAGGAAUAAUAUUAAAAGCUUCUUAAAUUAUUGCAAAGUUAAAUAUUUGAAUCCUCUACUAAUUAAUAAAAAUGAAGACAUAGUAAAAGAAACGAACAUUUUAAAAAAUAACAACUUGUAUAAUAGAAAGGAAUCAAAUAUCUUUAUAGAAAUAUUAAAAUCAUCGUUUAUAAAAUUUAAAGGGCAAAAGAUAAACGAAGAAAUAAAUAAACAUAAUAAUAUUAUUAAUAAUAGCAUUCUCAAUAAUAAUCAUAAUAUUUAUCAUGAUACAAACAAAAAAAAAACACAACAAUAUGAAGAAAAACAUAAUGUAUUUCAUACAGAAAAUAUGUAUAAAGACGUUUUAUUAUGUAUGGAUGUUUUACAAUAUGAAGAGGAUAAAGUAAAUAGUGAAUUAAAUUUAUUACAUUCUUAUUUUAAUAAAGAAAGAACAAAUAUUGAUCCUUAUACCUUAUGUGAAAGUAAAAUAAAAAAUAUUGAUGAAUAUAUAUUUAAUAUUAUUAAAACUAAUUAUAAAAACAUUGAUGAAUUUAUUACAUAUAUUUAUUUAUAUAAAGGAAAAAGAUUUAGGGUUAUCUUAAGUAUCUUAUUAAAAAAUAUAUUACACCAUAUAGAUAAUGUUUCAAAAUUUAAAACAAAUUUUAAAAAUAGAAAUAUACAAAGAAACGUUUCCAAAUCAAAUAAAUUCUCGUCCAAUUUUUUAUCAAAUAAAUUAAAACUAUACAACUUGAAAAUAACCCAAAAAAAUAAAAAUAUAUGUGAAAAAACUGUUUUAGAUAAUCAAUGUAAAAUUAUAGCUGCUUCAGAAAUCAUACAUAUGGGUUCUCUUUUACAUGAUGAUGUUAUAGAUGAAUCAAAUAAAAGAAGAGGUGUCAUAGCAUUACAUAAAAAAUUUGGAAAUAAAAUUUCAAUAUUAUCAGGUGACUAUCUAUUAGCACGUGCUAGUUCUAUUUUUGCUGGUACAGGUUCACCAAAAAUUUGUAGACGUUUUUCUUAUGUUGUCGAAAGUUUAAUAAAAGGAGAAUUCUUACAAAGAAAUCUAAAAUUUAAUAAUGUUGAAGAAGCACUCAAAAUGUAUUUAAUUAAAUCAUAUCAUAAAACGGCUUCUCUUUUUUCUCAUUUAUUUGCAUGUAUAGCUAUUCUAUCAUUUAAAAAUGAUACUAUUAUACAAUUAUGUUUUAAUUUAGGAUUACACAUAGGUAUGGCUUAUCAAUUAUAUGAUGAUUAUUUAGAUUAUAAAAUUGAUCAUAACACAAACAAACCUAUAUUAAAUGAUUUAAAAAAUAAUAUUAAAACAGCUCCAUUAUUAUUUUCCUAUAAUUAUAACCCUCAAGUUAUUUUACCCCUAAUUAAUAAAAAUUCAUAUACAAGUAAUGAUAUAGAAAAUAUUUUAUAUUAUAUACACCAUUCUAAUAGUAUGAAAAAAAAUGAAUUGUGUUCUUUAUUACAUAUAAAAAAGGCAUCUGAAAUUUUAUACUCCUUAAUAUCUCAUUGUAAUAAAACAACUACAAAUAAAAACAAUACCAAAAACGAUGAUAUAAAACAAAGUAGUGAGGCAUUAAUUAAUUUAAUCCUAAACGUUUUAUCAAGAAACGUCAAAUGA